AUUGUCCCUUCCGUAGGAGGAAACACCAAAUCCGUCAUUUUCUUAUUAUUGCACCGCAACCGCAUCGCAGUGUAUCUGAGUAACAGCACGGUCGCUCCAAAUCUCUUAAAAACAUAAAAGCAAACAAAACAAACCAUCCAUUCGUAUUACCAACUCAAUCGCACUCAUUUCUACCCUCAUCGAAAAUUCGAUCGUGUUCGAAAGAGACGAAGUUGAAGCGUAAUAGGUAGUGGCGUCGCGUCUCGUGUGAAAAAACACUAUCAUAUACACUGCCUGAAUUCACGUUAGGGAUUAAUACUAUUAUUAUUAUUAUUAUUAUUAUUAUUAUUAUUAUUAUUAUUAUUAUUAUUAUUAUUAUUAUUAUUAUUAUCAUCAUUAAUUAACUAGAUCAAGAGAGAAAUGAAGGACGAGGACGGGAUUCCGACCACCGCCGCGGUUGCGAGGAAGGAACCAUUGGAUUCGGGUUUGUUUGGGAAAGGGAAGUAUAAGUUUUGGGCAUUAGCGGCAAUUUUGCUUCUGGCAUUUUGGUCGAUGUUCACCGGUACCGUUUCUCUGCGCUGGUCCGGCACUCUGAAUUCCCUUUCCAACGACAUGGAUCCUCCCAUCCACGACGAUCUCGAUGUUCUCGAAAUGGAGGAGAGAGAGAAGGUGGUGAGGCACAUGUGGGAUGUUUACACUAACAGUCGCAGGAUCAGGUUGCCGAGGUUCUGGCAGGAGGCUUUUGAGGCUGCCUAUGAGGAUUUGACGAAUGAUGUGGCUGAGGUCAGAGACGCUGCAAUUACCGAGAUAGCUAAGAUGUCUGUUCACUCCAUUCAAUUUGAUCCACCUCCUGUUAAAUCUACGAGUGCCCGAGAAUUCAGCAAGAGCCUUGAUCAAGCUGAUAAAGGAAAAGAAACAACGUUGUCGAGACCUGCUUAGUUUUUAGUGUGUGGAGCAUUCAAGCGUCUGACCUAUACUUGAAAAUGCUGGACUGCUACUAGAAGAUUGAGAAGAGAUGGUGACAGACGACCUCACACUCGAAUUUUCAUGUUUCCAUCACGGGUAAUCACGUAUUUUAUUAGGCUGUGGUUCUUUCUAAUUUAUUCAGUCUUCACGAAGUGAGGAGUGGUAAUUUGAAAUUCGACUUUUGAACAGACAAAGUCAACUGAGCAUCUAAAUUAUAAAUCUUCCAUGUUUUAUCAA